AUGAAUGUUAGCGUCACCAGGCUGCUAGUGGGCUCCCCGGGUGGAGGGGGGAAGGCAGGGAGCCGUGAUUUGCUGCUGCUGCGGCAAAAUGCAGAAGGCUCCUCCAAGACGCCUAUGCACCCUCCAGGGUUUUGUCCCCGUGUCUUUCCAGGAAACGGCAGUGAACCUGAGGAAGAGCCCAGCACAGUGACUGCGAGGAGCCCGGCCAUCUCCGGCACACACCGGGCCCCCGACUCCAAGUUCCACCCCGGCCACACCAAGAUCGACGUAAUCAGGAAGGGGCAGGCCAAGGACAGCCAGCGCUACAAGGUCGACUACGAGGCCCAGAGCACCGUCACCCAGAACUUCUCCUCCGAGUCCAAGCAGGACACAGAAUAUGGGCCCUGCCGCCGGGAGAUGGAAGAUACGAUGAACCAGCUCAAGUUCCUGAACACGCUGAGCCCCAAGGGCAUCCACAUCCCCAACUGCGACAGGAAGGGCUUCUACAAGAAGAAGCAGUGCCGCCCAUCCAAAGGCAGGAGGCGCGGCUUCUGCUGGUGCGUGGACAAAUAUGGGCAGCCCCUCCCGGGCUACGACCCGAAGGGCAAAGGGGACGUCCACUGUGACAGCGUGGAGAGCAAGUGACGUGGCCAGCGCACGUGGAGCUCAAAUACGCCUAUUUUGCACAAAAGACUGCCAAGGACACUAUCAGCAGCUGGCUCAGCCUCGAUUUUCUAUUUCUUUUUGUGGUGAAUCAGUUUCUUUUUUAAAUCAGAGUUUAGGAAAAGAUAGGUGUUUGAAAGGCCUGAGGUUCUAGACGGUGAACCUGAGCGGCUUUCUGCUUUCAAGUAGCCAGUGAAACAGUGUGAUUUUUCUCGUUGCUUCUUUCGAACCUGCUUAUAAACUCAAGCGCACACUGCCCUGGACCCCACGUCGGCUGACGUGGCCAACCCGCAACUUCCCACCUUAGCAUCCCCGAGACUGCGGCGGACACUCGCCGUGUCCCCCCUGUGCCGGGAGCGCAGGCCUCCCAACGGCAGCACCCCCUGCCCCCGGGCGUCCGCACAUCUGGCGCACCUGCCGGGAGCCAAGGCCGCACCCCUCCACCCGGAAGAGAGCUCCUGUUUUCCGGUGACCUGUCCUGCUUGGGGACACGUGGAGACAAUGAGGUGGGGUCUUUUUUUUUUAAUGACCAAGAGCGUGCUCAGAAACCUGUGCACCUGGAGAGGUGGUUACGUUGAGCAGAUUCCUGAGGACGCGCCCUUUGCUGGGCGGGGGACGGGGGACGGGGGACCAGCCCCAUACCUCCCUUCUCAGAGGUGUCCCAAACAGCAGCACAGUGAUGCUUCGGAUGACGGCAGAAAAGGGUGUUUUUCCCACUCAAAAAUUUAAGACCAAGGUUGUUUUUGAGGAUAAGCUCCUUAAAGGCAAAGGAGGUUUACGUUCAUCCCUCACCUUCCGUCCUCUUUGACACAAUGUAACAAAUACUAGUAAUAAUUGUAUCUAAUCAGGAGACAGCGGAGGCCUUGGGAGCGCAGAAUCGCCCCACUCUCCCUUCUGGUUCACACAUAGUCAGAAAUGCCUUCGUGAACGGUCACCAUUGUAUGCUUCAUAGUCCAAAUAUAAUAGGACUUGCACUAGGUAGCCUUAGAUGAGACGUCAGCCACGUUAGAGACCGGGCCACAGCCACGCCAAGGAAGCGCUGGUGCCCCCAGAGGAGGCCCUGUGGCCACCCACGACCCGCCUCCACACAGGGGACUCCAGGCAUCCUGCCUAUUAGCUUUUCUUUAUUUUUUUAAUCAAGUUUUCAAAAACAAAAAAAAAGUAUUUUUGAGAAAUUUGUCUCGCCAUGUAUUUAUAUUGGUUAAUAAAGUUUUUACCGUGAAGAAAC